UGAUCCCCCGCUCUAUUGCGCUUCCCACCAGCAAGCUCUCCCCAAUUUUCAUUUGCAGGGCCGAAUUUCUUUUCUUCUUAAGGUGGUUACUUGUGUUCGCAGAUGUCUUUAUUCUCUCUUUCUCUGCGGAACGCACUAAAUUAAGAUCAUUUUCUUCCCAUAACAUCCAACGAAUCAGGAAGGAAGAGACGUCUGAAGUUUUCUUCGUUCCUCAGGAUCUUAUAAUAACACGUUUGAUGAUCACCCAUAAAAAAAAUUGAAGAGAAAGAUAUUGACUUUGUACUUGUGGGUGUCUCUUGGAUUUGUCUGGAUAAAUGGACCCAGCUCAUCUUGACAACAUAAUCAAUCGGCUUCUUGAGGUCCAAGGUCGACCAGGGAAACAAGUUCAGCUGUCGGAGUCAGAGGUUAAGCAGCUCUGCCAAGCUUCUAAGGAUAUUUUCUCUCAACAGUCCAAUUUAUUGGAGCUUGAGGCACCCAUUAAGAUUUGUGGAGACAUUCAUGGUCAGUAUUCUGAUCUUCUUCGGCUUUUCGAAUAUGGUGGAUUUCCUCCCCAGUCAAAUUACUUGUUCUUGGGAGACUAUGUAGAUCGAGGAAAACAAAGCAUAGAAACAAUAUGUCUUCUCCUUGCGUUUAAGAUAAAGUAUCCAUUGAAUUUCUUCCUCUUGAGAGGAAACCAUGAGUGUGCAUCUAUAAACCGCAUAUAUGGAUUUUACGAUGAAUGUAAGAAAAGAUUCAACAUCAAGUUAUGGAAAAUGUUCACAGACUGUUUUAAUUGCUUACCAGUUGCUGCUCUAAUUGAUGAGAAGAUUCUUUGCAUGCAUGGAGGUCUUUCACCUGACCUUCACAAUUUGGAUCAAAUUAGAAAUCUACAGCGCCCUACCGAUGUUCCAGAUGCUGGUUUGCUUUGUGAUCUUCUGUGGUCUGACCCUAGCCGAGAUGUGAAAGGAUGGGGGAUGAAUGAUCGAGGAGUUUCUUACACUUUUGGUGCUGAUAAGGUGACUGAUUUCCUAAACAAGCUUGACCUGGACCUUGUUUGCCGAGCACAUCAGGUUGUAGAGGAUGGAUAUGAAUUCUUUGCUGAUCGGCAACUAGUGACUGUAUUUUCAGCACCAAAUUACUGCGGUGAAUUUGAUAAUGCUGGUGCAAUGAUGAGUGUUGAUGAGACUUUAAUGUGUUCUUUCCAAAUCUUGAAGCCUGCAGAGAAGAAAAAAUCUCUUUUCGGUAGCACAAUUGCCAAAGCAGGAAAUUCUCUGGUAGGUCCCAAGCUAAAAUAGAACUAUAGAACUUGGGUCUCUAAGUGGUUAGUGGAAAGGGUUUAUAACUAAGAGUUAGGUUCGGUUUUCACUGAAAAUACCUUGAUUGAAGUCGAGGGUCAUGGUGGGUGAGAUGUGCUAUCCUCCUUCAGGAAAAAAAAAUUCUAAAAAAGUAUGCACAUCUAAUAAUGGAAUAUUAACUGCAAGAUAUAUCUCCUUACCAUUUGGAAACAUUCUCUAAUGUUUGUGUCAUUUCAGCUAUUUUAUUUAAUGGCAUGCUCAACAUAUUUAUUCAUGCCUAUUUCUUG